AUGUCCGACUCUUUCACAAGUUCCUCGUACUAUUACAGUUCCACAACCGACGGCAGCGACGGCAAGACUACAACCGGACACAGGUAUUCAACAACCUCGUUCACCGAACCCGACGGAACAACAGUCGUACGUACGGCUCAGCAAGAUUUAGGCCAACCAGCCGUCGUUGAGGAGCGGAGAUACGACAACACAGGCCAGGAACUACUGGCUUUACCAGAGCCCACGGGUGGUACCUCUGCAGGUGGGAUACGGCGCAUCACCGAACUAGACGAUGAUGUUCCAGAUUCCCAAAAUAACACGUCCGAAACUUCCACGCCCCGUGGCCUGGCUGAUAUUGGUGGUUCGGCGGCUCAACUCUUGGAUGGGGCCGGCGAGAACGAUUCGUUUAAUAUGGUUUCUUCGGCGAUGGGGUCCAGGGUUUAUGACCCCGUGACCGGCACAUAUAAUGACCAAUCCGAGUAUGAUGUCGGUGGGGUUACUAGGCGUCACCAGCAGAUGAGGGGUGCUGGUGGUAAGGAGGACCGCCCGUAUGAGAAUCCUAGUACAGGUACUAGGCUGCGGAGAGAGAGUGACGUGGAUACUAGGAAUGUCCAGUUUUAG